ACAUCUUCCCUUUGAAAAUUGCAGCUUUCGAGUUCAAAUCGCCUCUCUUCUCUUUGUCAAGUUUUUAUCUUCAUCUGUCCCCAGCUUUUCUCCUCCCAUUAACUUUUCCCAUAGCUUUUCGUUACAAUCUUUUCUCUCAAAUAUCUCUCUAUUCACUGAAUCUCAAAUCCCCUGUUCUCUCUCUCUCUCUCUCUCUCUCUCUCUGUGCUUGGCUGAUAUAUAGACAGCAUGUCGUGAGUGGUUUUAGCACCUACCCUUUAGAAGUUUUGGCGUCCUAAGGAUUUUUCAGGUGUUCAAUUCUGGGCUCUUCGAUUCUUGAAGAAUUUAAAUCUCUUUUUUUUGUUUCUCUGUGGGGGCGAUUCCCAGUUUCAAGAAAUGGAGAACAUGGCCGGGCUUGGGAAGGAAGAUGAUAAAAUAGAGUUGCCGCCGGGGUUCAGGUUCCACCCGACUGAUGAAGAGCUCAUCACCCAUUACCUGCAGAAGAAGGUGAUGGACGCUGGGUUCACCGCUAAAGCUAUCGGAGAAGUGGAUUUGAACAAGUCUGAGCCCUGGGAAUUGCCUUGGAAGGCGAAAAUGGGGGAGAAGGAGUGGUAUUUCUUCUGUGUGAGGGAUAGAAAAUACCCGACUGGUUUGAGGACCAACAGAGCCACAGAAGCUGGUUAUUGGAAGGCUACCGGGAAAGACAAAGAGAUUUACAGGGGAAAAUCUCUGGUUGGUAUGAAGAAGACCUUGGUUUUCUAUGGAGGGAGAGCUCCAAAGGGCGAGAAGACGAAUUGGGUCAUGCAUGAAUACAGAUUAGAUGGAAAACUCUCUCCGAAUUAUCUACCCAAGACUUCGAAGAACGAGUGGGUCAUUUGCAGGGUCUUCCAAAAGAGCUCUGGUGGGAAGAAAAUCCAUAUCUCGGGCCUCGUGAGGACGGGGUCUCUCGAGAACGAAAUGAGUUCCGGCUUGCCGCCAUUAACGGAUUCUUCUCCGCACGAUUCGAAGCCGAAAUUCAACCCCGGACCAGCUUACGUGCCCUGCUUCUCCAGCCCGACGGAAUUUGAAAAGAACAAGGAAAACAUGAACGGUUACUUCAACAAUCCUCUGUUCCCCAUUUCUUCGAAUCCCGCAAAUCCCAUCCCCAAAGUCUCACUCCUGAGCGCGUUGUACCCUGCUCAAGCCAUCCCCGUGCCCACAAAUCUGCAGUACCCGGGCCCUGUUUUCAUGCCGGAGCAUUCAGUCCUCAAGGCUUUCCUCGGGAGCAACGGGCUGAACGCGAGGCAGAGCAUGAGAACAGAGAGGGGAGCGAUCGGCGUCUCUCGAGACACGGCGCUCGCCGACGAUGUGAACGCUGAAAUUUCUUCUGCUGUACAGAGUUUCGAAAUGGGGAGGAGGCAGUUCGAGGAUCAACGAGCUCCAUCAACCUCAGCUGGACCGCUGGACGUGGACCUCCUCUGGAACUAUUCAAGCUAGAAAAAAAAAAAGAAAAAUUUCAUGUUGUUCCUAAGCAAGAUACAGAUUGGUCAUUAGAAGCAAAGGCUUGGGGUCAUUUGUUGCUGUCAUAAAAAAGAUUAUGGGUGAGUUGUGGGCCUGUGUAUAGAUUUUCUAAAUCCCAAGGAGUGAUUGAAAAGAAAGUGAAGCAUGUUCUGUAUGAGGUCUUUAUGCAUUUGUAAGGAGAUUUUAGUGCAAUUUUCUGAUAGCCCUCUUGGAGUAUUUUAUCUAGUGUAAUGUUCUGUUAGCAGCAUUAGCAAUAGCAUCACCAGUUGGCGA